UAUCCCCGAUUCAGUCCCUCAACUUUCAUUUUUGGACUAAAACUACCCUCAAACUUCAAAAAGUACUAAAAAAAUCCUUAAACUUCAAUUUUUGGGACCAAUUUUGUCCUUCCGUCAGUUAAUUGCUGACGUGACAAAAUUUUCGGUUAACAAAUUCAAUUUUUAUUAAUAUUAAAUAUUACUUUGAAAUAAAAUGAGUGAUGUUCGAAGGAACCCAGCACCAACGCGCGGGUUCCUCGAACCCAGGCGCGGGUUCCUCGAACCCACGCGCAGGUUCCUUGAACCUAGGACGCCUGGGUUCCAAACCCAGCGCCUGGGUUUGAGUCGAACCCGCCUGGGUUUUUUUGUUGUGUUUCUUUGUUGGCUUGCAAUCAUGCUUGAAUGGGAUUUAGAGUUUUGUGUUGCUUCUGAUUGCUUGAAUUUCCAGAUCUAGUUACUGUCGAUGUUGAUUGAAAGAAUGUUGUGUUUUCUUUACAGAUCUGAUAUACAUUUGUAAAGGAAUUGAUUUUUUGAAUCAAAUCUAUUGAUCAUU